AUGGGGGAACCAACAGCAAAGUCUUCGAACCCGGACCAUGAAACUCCUGCAUCAGCCCUUCAACUCACAGAAUUUGUGAAAAAAUCUGAUGAUGGUCAGUCUGACACGGCCUUGACCUCAGGAGACCUGUCAAAACCGGAUGCUGAUGGGGAUGUGGACGGGGAGUUGGGGCUCAAAGACAAAGAUGUGGACCUGGAACAAUCAAAAGAGGAAGACCACACCCCUGGCUGUUACGCGAUGGUGGUGGACAAGAUAGAGGACUCCGUCUACGGCUUUAUGAAGGCGCACAAAAGGAAGAUAAACAAGAUCUUCAACGUUCUGAUCUACCUAGCCUUUAUGGCUUACUUCUCUUACGCCAUGAGCUACAGGUUCGGAGACGAGGGAUCUAUCAUCCUGCUGGUGGUGUGUAUCUGGUUGAACCUGUACCUGGUUGGGAGGCUGCUAGACCGGACAUCUCUGAACCUGAGUCUGGCACCUCUGGUCAGCAGACUGUUCGCCUCACGGAGAGGAAGAGUCAUGAAGAGGAUUCUGAGAUACCUGCUGUAUGUUGUGGCUGGCGCCGGACUCCUGGUGUAUCUGUCAAUUGACGUGUUCCAAGCUCACGCCCAGAACCUGCAGUCUUUUGUCGGUCUCCUCUGCCUCGUCAUCCUCACCUUUAUCUUCUCCUCCAAACCUAGCAGGGUAAACUGGCACCUGGUGUUCUGGGGCUUCAUCAUCCAGUUUGUGUUCGCGAUCCUGACCCUCCGUACAGAGGCCGGGUACAGCACCUUCAAGUGGGUGGGGGACCUGGUCUCCGACUUCAUCGCUCUCUCCGACAAGGGGACAAAGUUCGUGAUUGGAGACAUCCCUGGAGGGGGGCUUUUGUUCCAGGUGGGCGGCGUGGCUGUGUUCUUCAACUCGUUCAUCUUCCUCAUGAACCACUACGGCGUGAUAGAGGCGGUGGUCAAGCGACUCGGAGGUCUCAUAUCUCUGGUGUUGGAGACUGGACCUGUGGAGUCGGUGAUAGCAGCCGCUAACAUCUUUAUCGGACUGGUGAGAUAA